GGGCAGAAGAGAGGCCCACAGGGUCCUCGGGCCGACAGAUACUACACAUCAUUUUUGUUUUUUUCUUUCCUUCGGGGUGGAAAUAUAACGUUGCGAUUUGUCUAAACAUAGCGCAGAACACAACCACCAAUCCGGAGGAAAAAAAGCCCCGAAGGCUCGGCUAUAUCUGGUCUUUUUCAAUGCAGGCAUUUUAAAGGAUCACCUAGAGGUUUUAUGUGCAUUUAUUGGACGCCUCAACGCCAGGAUUUGUUAUUUCUAGUGAAAACGGUCCUUGUCUGCCUUCGUCUGCCCCGUUUUUUAUCUUUAGAGCUUGACUGCAACGUUGAAAUCUCGCAUAGGCUUCUUACCACACAAAACCCCCCUUUACACUCCACGUAAAGACUAAUAUCAAUUGUUUACAAUGCUUAAAUGUUUGGACAUCACUAUAUCUUCGUGAAAAAGCUGAUAUUUCCUCAAUGGUCUGGUCAUUUCCAUGGGCUGAAGUCGCUUUUGUCUGUCAUCUCGUAACCUUGUGGAAGUCUACUGCUGAAAUAUAGGCUCAGAAAAUCCCCAAAGAACAGAAAACCAUCCAAGUAAAGGAAGCACCGCAACGAGCGACAGAUUCGCCGGUUUAAAGGCUGUGUAUUUCUGCCCAAGAAGCAGUGUUUCCAUGGAGACAGUGUCAUCUCGCGGCCUGAAGCGCAGAUUCGAGGAUGUGGACAGCGGCUCGCCGUGCUCCACACCCAAAGACUCAGACGAUGACAUCUCCAGCAGUGACAGCGCUGACAGCUGCGACAGUCUCAACGCUCCCUCCAGCUCCCUUACACCCCCCUCCAUUCUCAGAAGGCACAAAGUGUCUUUAGGGCGUAAGCAGGUUCGCUUUGACGCAGUGACAGUCUACUACUUCUCCAGAAGGCAGGGCUUCACCAGUGUGCCCAGUCAGGGCGGAAGCUCCCUGGGCAUGGCACGGCAUCACUGCGCUAUACGACAUUACACCCUUGGCGAGUUUGCACGAGAACAAGAAAGCAGCCACAAGCAUGUGCUUCGUCAACACUUACGGCAAGAAAAGCUCAACUCUCGCAAGCUAAAGCUGACACGGAAUGGAACUGUAGAUUGUCCAGAAGCGGAGUUGCUUACUUUGGACGACAUAUCUGAUGAGGAUUUGGAUGUUGAGAGCGUAGAGGUGGAUGACUGCUUCUUCCUGCAGCCCCUUCCAACCAAGCGUCGUCGGGCACUACUAAGGGCCUCUGGUAUUGCCCGAAUAGAUGCCAGAGAAAAGGCAGAGCUGCGCACAAUUCGUUUGUCCCGGGAAGAGUGUGGUUGUGACUGCCGAUUCUAUUGUGACCCACGGCACUGCGGCUGCAGCCAGGCUGGAAUUAAGUGCCAGGUGGAUCGGAUGUCCUUCCCAUGUGGCUGCACCCGUGAUGGUUGCGGUAACUCCGCUGGCCGCAUUGAGUUCAACCCUCUCCGUGUGCGAACACACUAUCUCCACACUAUCAUGAAACUUGACCUAGAAAAGAGAACCCUGUUGGGUGUUAGGUCUGGAGAGGACUGCGUGGAAGAGGCAGAGUUAGUCUCCUCACCAUCUCUGUCUCUGUCACCCUUGGACUCAGAUGUGGAAGUGGAAAGCCAAAGCAUUCAGGAACUGCAAGAGGAGCAGUGCGACAGCUUGGAGCGUGAAAACGAGACAGCCGUGCUUCAUCUACAGAGCGCAGAGGAGCGGGAGAGGAGACUGGAACAGGAGGAGCAGCAGGUCGAGGAGACCCAGGCCACCGAUCCAACUCUUUGCCUCUUACAGGGUGCCUUGACCAGCCAGGCCGAAAUGGAGGGCAUGGAAGGUGUUGAAGGAGUCCUUCUAGAGGGGCCUUUUCCUGAAGGUGCCACCCUGCUCUGUAUUACAGAGAACCAUGCAGAUGAACAGACCCAGCAGAACCUGCUCAAAGACCCUGCUUCUGUCCUGUACUAUCAGGUAGGUCACGUAGAGACAGCAGCCUUUGAAACACUCCCUGCACAAGUAGAGGAGGUGGUGAGUGAAGGUGGGGAUCCAGAGAUGGAAAGCAAUCGGCAAAAACAAGAAACCUGCGGGCAGGAUUCAGCCAAGAGCUUGUCUGUCGAAGUACCUCCACUUCUCGAGGAUGGGGGCGAAGAGCAACUAAGUCCAGAACAGGCUUCAAAUGAUGGGGAAUGCCUCGAAACGUGCCUGGCACUGGAUGAAAAGGCAGUACAACUUCCUCCAGAAGUCUAGAUCCCAUCACCUCUGCAGAUGUUUUGCACAAGUUAGUCAUUCAAUUCAAAGAGAGCCUACUUUACACAGUGUGAUAUGUUACAAGACUGCAUAAUGUCAUUAAAUGUUAAAGAAUCAAGUUACCUUUAUGGGUUUGUAUCCAAUUUAGCUGGAAAUAAGCAUGUACUGUGUUUGAAGUAGGUUGUCUGUGGUAAAAUAAGUUAUUAAAAAGAAAAAAAACAGAAUAAUUUAUUUUAAAAAAAGAAAGAAAAAGAAACAAGAAACUCAAGAACAGCAGAGAUCCUGGUCAAGUCCUGAACAGGUGUUGUUUUUUCCAGUAUGGUAUUGGUUUAUUACUUGAUACUGGUUGAAAAAUGUGGCCUUUAAUGUCGAGGAGCAAGCAUUUUCAGGAUUAUCCAAUGGCUUCUCAUGGCCUUUCUAGUUUGUAGAGUUUGUGAUCGUGCACCCCAACAACUAAUCGGCACUGUCAGGAGGGUAUAUGCUAAUCCUACGUUCACAUCUUGUUGGAAUUACUGCAGUUUGAUAAAUAUAAGCUGUUUAUAUACUUGGAAAGUUCAUAAAUGUUCCAACAAUAUAUCCAUUCGCAGCUUUGAGCCUAUGACAAAAGAAGUAAACUUAAAAAGAAUAACUACAGUAACCUUGGAAUGGAGCUUUUAUAAAAUGUAAAGAUUGCGACCUUGGAAUUACACAAGUUUCCAAUGACACAAAUAGUGAAUAAAACACUUAAUGAUGGUAAAACAGCCAGAGCGUGAAUGCAAAAUUAGUCCUAUACAUAAGGCUAAUGCUAACUCAGUGCUAACAUUAAGAGAAGGGGUUGCUAACUUUAGAAGAGGGUGUUGUUUGUAACAUCCUUCCUGUGAAUAGACCCACCAAUCCUGGAAAUACUUGGUUUUCAUGUACUGUACUAGUGUUUUGCUAAGAGCUAGCAUGAAGAUGAGUGAAAAAGCUGCUUGUUCUUUGUAUGCACGUCGAAAACUUGAUUCAUUUGAACUUGCUGAAAAGGAGAUCAGGAGGAUGAAUGAAUGUGCAAGCACUUUGCACAGCAGUUCUGUACUGAUUUAUCGUAGUCUUGACCUAACACCGUUUGAAGCUGUAGCCUACCGUCCCAGUUCGCGGAUGUUUAUUUAUUUACCACUGCUUUGUAUUGUGAGGGCGAGGACAAUGUGUGUUUGAGUACUGUCAUUUACAAUCAUUUAUUUUUGUAUGUGUGUGAGUGAGUAUGUGUCAGUUUUUUUAGAAGUGAAUGGGAUACACAUUUAUUGCACAUCAAGCCUCUAAAGAUUACAGGAAAGAUUCUAGCUGUAAUUUUUCUUUGGGUUGCAUCGGUUGAAAUUUGCAAAAACAUGUUAAGGUCAUAUUUCACCCCAACCUCAAUUUUUGUUUCGUUUUGUUUUAGAAGGGGUUCAAGUGUAGCAUUAAGUGAAGUUUAACAAAUUUCGAGAGAAUCACAUGCUUAUGAUUGAUCACAGCUGGUCCCACAUUAGCCAAUUCAUGAUUCACUAAUCAGAUGAUUCCUAAGUCUCCAUAAAUAACCUAAGUUCCAUACCACAGUCAUCUUUGUUUUGAAGAAUCCCGCCUUCCUCCCCUACUCCUCCUUCUUUCAUAGAUGGGCGGCGCGGUGGCCCAGUGGUUAGCACUGUUGCCCCACAGCAAGAACGUCACAGAAUCCUUACCAAGCCAGUCCUUUUUAUUUAAUUUUAAUGUCCUCAAGCUGGGAUUUGAAUUUGGGACGCCCUGACGUGCUACUGCACCAUAUGUUGGCGCGCUAACUACUACGCUAUUGCGCCGAUGCCAGUCGGCAUUUCUGUGCGGAGUUUACAUGUUCUCCAGCGUACUCACGUGGGUUUCCCCCUGGUCCCCCGGGUUUCCUCCCACCAUCUAAAAACAUGCAGUUUAAGUUAAUAACAAGUUCAUAACAAUCCCUAAUUGCCUCUUAUGAUCUACCUGAGCUCAAACUCCCCUCUAGCCCUGCAAAUGGGAGGGGGUCCCGGUUUCUUAAAAGCCUUAUUGUAAUUGUUCAGAAAGUCCAAAGGUCACCAUUCUGCCCUAAAAAUGAUUGGGCAGACCAAACUGUAAGUCGUAGAGACUUAAAACACUGGCAUAUGGUAGUACUUGCCCCAUCUACCACGUCAUAGAAGCCAACUGGCCUAAUGUUGGUGCUACAGCAGCACAGAACACAAAAUCACUUAAAACUCCUAGACUACUGGCCACAAACUCAAGAGCUUCCUUGGCUCAGAUGAACACAUCAGAUCAAUUGUUUUGGAUAUUUAGCAAUUUUUGAAAAACCUUACUUUUGGAAACUGGUUGUUUAUUGCCUGAUCUGAACCAAAGUGGUGUAGUCAGAUAUUCUUGAAUCUGAAUAUCAAAAGC